ACAAAAAGUAGGCGAAGAAUACCACGAUAUAGAUAGAACAGAUAAAGAAUCGCGGGCGGUCGUAAGAAGGACAACUCGCGCUACACCUGAGCUCGCCUUUUAAAGGCGUCGCAGAAGCGUGGUGGAAAAGCGCACGCUACGAUGAAUGCGCCUUUCGCUCGGGAGUAUUAACCAUUCCAGCCGGGAAGUGAAUGAGUGAACGAGCGAACACGCACUCAGUGAGAGAAACGCGAUACGAACGGGACGGAUCGAUGGACAUUUCGCUUCGAUUGUGUCUCGAUUUUGCGCUACGAUCGGUUGUAUGCGAUAUAUGAUGCCGCUAGUCUGCGGGACAUCGUCGCUGUCGAGAUCGAUCGUCGAUCGUCGUGAGUGCUCUUUAAGUUGCUCUACAAGUGCGUGAAACACGUACAAACAAUCACGAGACGAGGAGAGACGCACCGUAUAGGCCAGAGAUGGUGAAUCAAUUCGCCAAAAGCCGAGCAAACAAUUGAUAUAUUGCGAUCCAGUUUUAUGUAUAGCCAGUGCGUUUCCACGAGGAAAGGAAUUGGCAAAUCCAAGAAUCGAUAUCAGGAAAAAUCAUUGCUCGCGUGGACGACGAAGUACAUGCAUGAAAUGAACCGGUUAACUGUCCGUUCUCCAGCGCGAUAAUUUUGAGCGGACCGGAGUAAACUGAUCGAGAUCUGUGCGUCACUGAUCGGUGCGAGCGCGUGCGUUUCUCGUAACAUUCUCGGUCCCGCGCGCACUACGGUCCAGCAUACGUUGCACAAACCACAUCUUUUCGCCUUGACGUUUCCUCGAGAGGAUAUGUUUUACCGCACAAAAAAAUAUUGUGUUAUGUACGGGAUGCGCCGUUGUCUCGAUGAUGCGCCUGUGAUGUUACAAUUAUGAGUUGAUAGUAUAAAUAUAUAUGAAGCACGAUUUUAUUCUAAAAUGUAUACAAUAUACGUAAAAAUAGAAACAAAUACAUUCUAUCGCACACACACGUUCGCAAUGAGCUAAGCAGAUAUUGAUCAAUUAUAUAAGAUUUUUCUUUAAUGUUUCUCUUCUCUUCUUUCGCGCUAGUGCAUUAUAAACGCUAAGAUAUAAGCGCUAAGAUGCAUAAUUCAAGAUAUCCUGGAUAUCAUGUUAAUACGAGUCGUGAUUAUAUUAUGGAUAGCGAAGAGAACCAUAGAGCUCCUUCCGAUCGCACUGUGUCCGAAUAUAUCGUUGCUAAUGAACAUACCACUAUGAUGAAACCAAUAAGAAAGAAUCAUGCAGAUAAAUAUGAUAGGGAAGAAGACAGGAGAUCUAAAAGCGUACAUAAUAUUCGUGAUUCGGUAUUGUCUGGAUCUUCAAAAAAUAGUUUACAUCCGCUUCGCAAAAGUGCCUCACACGGCAGCAUUUGUGACAAUGGCUCAGAUAUAUAUGUCACUAGUGCUGCAUACAGGGCUACUUCCGACAUAAGCCAAGUAUCACGCCAUAGCUUAGCACCUAGCUCUAGAUUGGACCAUAGAGCGCCUAGUCAUUACAGCUAUGGUUCUGGUAGAUCAGGUACUUCGACAGUGAAAACCCACAUGUCACGGAAAGGCGGUAUAAUUGUGGAAACUAUGUCAACGCCUAAUCCUUUUUGCCCAAAUACUAAAGGCGUUUGUUGCCUUAUGUUACUCCUCAAUCUCGGUUUGAUUCUAGUAACUCUGGGCUUUGUUAUCGUUAUACAAUUUUUCCAGCCACUAGUUGUGUGGAUAUUAGGAAUAGUAUUCUUGGUGUUUGGAUUUUUGACACUAAUUGGUAGUCUCGUAUAUUGUGUACACGUAUUCAGAAAUGCGAAAAAUCCACAUGAUAUCAAUCCAGAAGAUUUAUAUUGGACACGUUACUGGCAAGGUCAUGUUGGUUCAGUGCCUGAAGUUUAUUAUAAAGCUGAAGACAAAUAUCAGGAUGAUGGCUAUAGUGAUCGAUAUAGUAAAUAUUCAGGAAAAUAUUAUGACAGACAGAGUCAGAGAUAUUAAUUAAAAUAUGGAAAUUAAUAUUGAGAUUAAUUGGAAUACCAGUUACUUUGCCAAUUUAUAUUCAUAAGAGAUUUAAAAUAAUAGAAAAACAAACUAAUUUCAGUGCAAUAAA